UUCGGCUUGGCGCGUCCCGGAACAGGCCGUCGCGCGCCGCGCUCCGGACCCGCAGCCCCCGCCGGCCCGGCCGGGUCGGGCGGCCCAGGGCACCGCCUUCCUAUUUCUUCCUGGCUGCAGCCUUGCCCUCACAGUUCAGCACUUGUUUGCCUGAAGUUAAUUUCCAGAAGCAGUGCUGCCCUGUCCUCUGCAGGAGUCCCCGGAGCUGGGCAGGGGGAUGAACCGUGAGGGAGCACCCGGGAAGAGUCCGGAGGAGAUGUACAUUCAGCAGAAAGUCCGCGUGCUGCUCAUGCUGAGGAAGAUGGGGUCAAACCUAACGGCCAGUGAGGAGGAGUUCCUGCGCACCUACGCCGGGGUGGUCAGCAGCCAGCUCAGCCAACUGCCUCAGCACUCUAUCGACCAGGGUGCGGAGGAUGUGGUGAUGGCGUUUUCCAGGUCGGAGACAGAGGACCGGAGGCAGUAGCUCCAAGCCCAUUGGAACACCCUGGAAGCUGUCAAGGGCCAAAAGAUCUAUGUGGCUCCUUGGCUGACUGAGUGGCAACAGACCACCUUCCCCCUCCUGUGUUCCCCACCCCAGAUCCCCUGCCCCACAGCCACUCAGUGGGGCUGGCAUCAAGGGAGAUGCUGGUGAUGCAUUUAGGAUUGGCUUAAAGGGAUGGACUCAUGAUUGGCUGCAAGAAGAAACCUUUUUAUUUUUAAAUCUUGACCAACGGAAACCUUUUAUUUUUAUUUCUGACUCUUUAUUUAAAAAAAAAAAAAAUGCGCCUCGGUAUCUGGCUUCCUAGGAA